AAGGGGAGGACGGAGGAGUCUCCUACCACCAUUUACUUGGUUUAAAAGUUUCAACAAUAGGAGCUCAGAGAUUAUCGCGUUUUCUCCCCGCUUUGGCCAUGAGACAUCUCCCUGGAUUGUUUGGGUGGUUCACUCUGUUGGUGGUGGCUUCACACGUUGGAGCUCUUAAAAGUCCUUCUUUAAAUAUCAGUUCAAGAUGUCUGGGCAACAUCAUGCGUGUGGAAGUUGGUCCGCUGGGAGGAAACCUGCUGGAAGUGGCUGUUGUCUACAAUCGCUCUGCUGUCAUUCUCACUAAAAGUUUGGCGUCUCAAUGUGGCUUCAGCAUGAAAAUUGACCGGCUGGGAAACGCAGUGAUCUACGUCUCCCUUCAGAACUGUUUCGCUCUAAAUCUGGACGACGAAUCCUUCACGACGGCGCUCCGGCUCCGGCUGUACGGGAAGCGGCUGCCUAAAGACGAGCUGUACCAGGUGACCGAGACCUGCCUGUACUCCGAAUGGACCUCCAGGGAAAUAGUCUGCGACCACAACUAUAUGGAGGUAUCCGUGAGGAAAGCAGCUCCGAGUGAUUACGCCCUGCCCGAACAUCCCCUCCCACAGUCUAAUGAUAAAUUUGGCUAUCCUCGACGGGCUGCAAAGAAACUGCCAAUCGAUGCCGGAUUCGCCAUCAAAACGGUGGUGAUUUACACGCCGGAGGAGAAGAUGAUGACGGUGACCGAGGCCCAGAGGAGUGGAUACGCAGUGACAAACACUCCUUCCAGGCUGGUCCUGAGAACGUCCAAGACCUCACCUGACAUCUACACUGUGAAUGUAGCCGGGGUGCCGAUGCUGAUGUUCAAAACUUCAACCAUCUUUGAGAAAACCUGGCAGGCGACGCAAAUUGAUGCCGCAGCUGCCUGUCCAUUACCAGAGGGUAGUGUGUCUUUCACCUCAAACCUGAUCACUUGGUAUUUACCCCGGCACAUUGACCCACUGAUCUCUUCGGGGCAAUUCCAACUGCUGGAGGUGCACAUGGGCGUAGACGGCCAGAGGCUGACUCCCUCCGAGGUGCAAGCCAGGCGGUACUCCAUAUCUGUCAGUGACGUCCACAUCGUCAUUGACAUUCCACUGGGGGCUGCUGGAGGCUUCUUUAAGAGUUAUAUUCAGGAAGGCCACUACUUCACCGCUUACACAAUCGAGCCGAUGGUGGAGUUGCUCUGGACUGAAGAUGCGGGUCACGAACACACAAGAUACAAAGUCUUAUUCCCCAUCACAACGCCACUGAUACCCCAACCACCGAAAGUUAUUGACAAUACCGUCCCAGAGCAGCAGGUGUUCAAACUGGUGUUGGGGCAUUUUGCUCCUGAUGUGGCUCUAGUGAACAUCACCUUCCCUACUGGGGUUUUGUCCCUGGAAGAGUGCAUCGUCAGAGGCUUUAAAGUGCUGGAACACUUGUCUCCUAAUGGCACCUUCAAGGCCUUCACCCUGGAAGUGCCCUUCACAGACCCCGUCGUUCUACAGAUGAAAGAAAAAGGGCUGAUUAUCUACACUCUUCACCUGACGUUUGGAUUACUGGUGCUGACUGAUUUCGUCCCGUUUUCUCACACCGCUGUUCUGGAAGCUUCUUUAGUCGACAUAGCUCCGCCAUCUGUUGUCGGCAGCUGCGACAAUCUCAACUUUUAUAUCCUGGUGAAAUACGGAACCCAAGGCCCAAACUUUCAGACCAUCGUGGGAAAACAAGUGCUGACCCAAGAGUUGGCGAAGGACUACGGUUUCUGGGAGAACGAAACUCACUUCAGCCUUGUCGUGCCGUUCUCGGCACCAGCUGUUGUGAUUGAGGCGAUACAAUCCACAUCCCUCAGGAGCAGACUCGACGUGGUCUUGAAGAAUCCGGAGACUAACGUACACAUCCAAGAAUUUGCUUUGGCCUGCAAUUUCUUCUCGGUGCUCACCGAGUGUUUCUCCAAUGGGACCAUGACUGCCAUAGCGCUAAAGCUGGAGUCUGUUCCCACUUUGAACCCCGCGCUCCUCACCCUCAGAGAUCCCAGCUGCGGCCCCGUCCACAGCAACGACCGCUAUGCUUACUUCGUCUUCACUGCGAACUCUUGCGGGACCACCAGAAAGUUUCUGCCCAAUGUGAUGCUGUAUGAGAACGAAAUCUCACUGCCAGACGAGCUUCAAGGAAAAAGAAACCUGAAGUCAGACGAUCCAGAGUAUGAAUUAAAGGUGUCGUGUUAUUACGACAUCAACACAACCCACGCCGUGUCCUUCCACACCAGACCUCGCAGGAGUGAACCGUUUGCUGAAAAUGCAAAGGGCCAGCACCAAGUUGAACUGAGACUCGCUUUGGAUGACUCCUUCACCACAUUCCACAAGGUGGAGGACUAUCCGAUAUCCAAACCCCUCCUGCAGCCGCUGUAUUUUGAGGUGGCGCUGAUAAAAGCGGCGAAUCCCAAAGUGUCACUGGAGCUGGAGAACUGCUGGGGGACCCUGAAUGAGGACAGGACGUCACAGCCCAGAUGGAAUCUCAUCAUUAAUGGUUGUCCCAACCCAGUAGACCCAUACCAAGUGAUCUUCCACCCAGUUUGGCCAGACGCCAGAGUUCAGCAUCCCUCUCUUUACAAGCGCUUUGAGGUGAAGAUGUUUGCCUUUGCUGAAGACCAAGACAACUUGAGUGGCCAGCUGUUUGUCCACUGUGAUGUUGUGAUCUGUGAUGCCAGGAAUCCAAUGGGUGGAGUUUGCAAUGGACAAUGUCCAAACCCACAAAAUGGAACCAGAGGUCAAAGACGGGCCAUUUCUGAAGGACACAGCUUCAAACAUGUGUCUGUGGGGCCAAUAGUUGGAUAUUAAACUCAAUAAAAGACUUUUAAAAAUUC